AUGGCCGGAUUUUACAUGGUGAAUCAUGAUAUCUCGUCUCCGAAUAUCCGACACUCGAGGUUCCAGCUACGUCAAGAACUAUUUGUGAAGGGCAUUGGCCAGAUUCAAAAGAGGUUCAAGCUAUCAGACAUUCAAAGAGCAGAGGAAAAGGCCUACGAGUAUUUUCAGACCAAUCUGGAGGGACGGCUGAAGAGCAUCGUAGGAGAUAACCCGAGAUUCUCAAUUUGUCGCAUAGCACUUGCGGACACGGAAGAAUGGACGCUAAAGUAUACUACCACAGACUCUAUGGGCUCGCAAGCCCUGGUUCAGAAGAUGGCGCAGCAGCUUCAUGGAAUUUCCAACAGUAUCUCCCUCUUCUGGACAGCGCGGCGAGUCACCAAGGUCUCCUACCAUCCAUACAUCUGCCUCACCGGCCUCAUCGGGGUUUGGGAGAUCCUUCACAGCAAAGCCACCAAGUGCUGGGGUAUCGCCUCAUGGAGCUUGUUGCCUUCUCCUAGCAAAGCACUGGACUCGAUCUUUCAAGGCACUGGAACCCUGAAAAUCCUGGUCAACGCUUAUCUAGCGGCAUGUAACUGCUUCGUCUCAACCUCUCUCCCUGAAAUCAGCAAGAUUGUCAUGAAAAUGGUGAUAGGCGUUCAUCUCAUCGGGUAUUACCUGCGUGAAUUGGAGGAUCGAAAGGGUUCCCAUUUGACCUCAAAGGAGGUCGAGGCAGCCAUGAGGGACUUUGAGGGGAGUGUCGCUAGGGAUAAGAUGGUGCGUGGGAUAAGCGAAGAGAUCGUGCUUAAUCCCUUUAAGGAGCAAGACUGCACCGAGGACGUAACUAGGGCUGCUAUUCGGAUUACGAAGGAGGCGGCUGUUGGUAGCUUAGGAUUCCUGUUUGAGGAGAUGCGUCGAAAAGAGUGA